UCACGUUGGAAGGAAAAGGGGAGAGAGAUAUCUACUUACAGCUGCUGUCAGAUAUCCGAUCGCAUUCGCAUGGCAAGGAGGUAACCUGAUCGAGCUGGGAGGAGUGACUUUACCAGGGAAGGCUCGAACAAAAAAAUGUCUUCUUCUUCUGCCGGAGAAGUCACAACAGCAAAUGACAUCAAGAGGGAAAAUGUGAAGGAGGCGGAUAAGCGGGAGUGCAUCAAGCUUGUGGCGCUGGACGCGGCGGAGUUGUCCAUGGAGCGCACAACUCCCAACACCGACGCGGUGCGCACGGAGCUGCUGGUGAGCGCCGCGUCCUCCCUGGCUUUCUCCCCGGAGCAAGUGGCCUGCGUCUGCGAGGCUUUACAGCAGGGAGGCAAUGUGGACCGGCUGGCCAGGUUCCUGUGGUCCCUGCCACAGAGUGACCUGCUCCGCGGCAACGAAAGCAUCCUAAAAGCCCAAGCCCUCGUCGCUUUCCACCAGGCCCGGUAUCAGGAGCUGUACAGUAUUUUGGAGAACCACAGUUUCAGUCCGUCCAACCACUCCUCGUUGCAAGAUCUGUGGUACAAGGCCCGGUACACCGAGGCGGAGAAGGCGCGGGGGAGACCCCUGGGCGCUGUGGACAAGUACCGUCUCCGGAGAAAGUAUCCUCUCCCCAGGACUAUCUGGGACGGCGAGGAGACGGUGUACUGCUUCAAAGAGAGGUCCCGAAACGCGCUGAAGGAUCUGUAUAAGCAGAAUAGGUACCCUUCCCCUGCCGAGAAAAGAAACCUCGCCAAGAUUACAGGACUCUCCUUGACCCAGGUCAGCAACUGGUUCAAAAACAGGAGACAGAGGGACAGAAAUCCGUCCGAGGCACAAUCAAAAAGUGAAUCUGAUGGAAACCACAGCACAGAGGACGAGUCUACCAAAGGCCAGGAGGAGCUGUCUCCUCGGCCCCUCUCCAAUUCUUCAGAUGGGGCAAUCACUCACGGGAGCCUCCCGCUUCAGACGGGGCCUCUGGACAGUGGGGUGGUCAUCCAGCAGAUAGGGGACAUCAAGAUGCCCGCUGGAUCCAGCAGUGGGGGGCUCUACAACGGAAAUCUAGUGACCAGUAACACCUCCUCCACUGUGUUUCACAAUGGUGGCUCGUCUUACCUCCACACCCCCAGUAACAUCCUCUUCAACGGGCUGAAUUUGGGCAUCCAGCCCUUGGCCUUCAACCCUCUGAGGCCAUCUGGAGGGGUGCUGCUGGGGGGCUCUGGGGUGGACAUGCAGAUGCAGACAGGGCAGGAGAAGGGACUGGGCAGUGCUGCUGAGGACUCAGGCCUGCAGUAUGCCUCCUACUCUGGCUGUGUGAACGGGGCAGAAGUGAAGUUAGAGGGGGGGCACAGCAUGGCUGCCCAGAAUGGGGGCUCCUCCGUGUUGACGUUCAGCUCCUCAUCAGGUGCACUCCAGCUGGGGGGCUACAGCCUUGUCCAGGUACCAAGUGGAGUCUCUGACACUGAUGGCAGCUCAUUACUCAACAGCAGCGUGGGUCUUCCUCCCCUGCAGCUCUCCUCUGCCUCCUCUUCUUCAACAAUCUCACAAGGUACGAUACCAUUGAACAAUGUAGCAGUGAGCUCCUCCAGUGAGGACUCCUUCCAGCAGCAGCAACAGCAGGACAAGCUGACCAUGCCCCCCCUGCACCACAGCACAGUGCUCUAUAGCAUGGGCAGCACAGGGCAGACCUCCAUAAAGAAGGAGCCCCUGGAGGGAGGCGUUUACUCCUCAUACCACCACGGGCUCCACCUAGACCCCAGCGGGCAGAUCAGCUACACCACCCCCAGCUCAGAAGAGGUCCCUUCCAGCAGAGGCCCUGCCUCCGCUGCUGACGUCGCCACCGUCAGCUCCUCUAGCCCCGAGCCUGAGGUCUACACCACCCUCACUGUCAGCACACCCCUGAUGGCCCAAACGGACCCAAGCAGCCACCAUCUCCAGUCCACAGAGUAUCUGGGAGGCCAUGAGGCCCAGUCAGCCCCCUCCUCGCACCUGAUGGGCCCCGGUAUGAACAGCAACUACAUGAACCUGUCAGAGGACAAGGUGGACGGCUCCGGUGCGGCCGGGGUGAAUGAGAUGGUGCGGGCAAUGUGUGGGGAGAUGGAGGCGGUGGAGGGGAAAGAGCUAGCCAAACUACAGACAGUGCAGAUGGAUGAGGACAUGGCUGACCUUUAACCUCAAACCUAGCUCCUCGCAGAAGCACUCAUGCCCGCCCGCCUGAGUAGUGAUAUGGUGAAUCUUUAUACUUAUGUGUGCGUGUGCGUGUGUUUUUUUUACCAUUCAUUUCUUCUAAAUGUUAAAUUAUUUGCAGACAUUUUGUUCAUUUGACUUUUCCAAUGCACUCUAUUCAGAUGCAAGCCCCUUUGGUAGGCGCUAUUACCAUUAAAAAAAAAACAAAAAAAAAACAAAUCUAUGACAUCUUUUAAAAGUUAGACGAAAGAUUACAACUGUUACUUGCAGAUAGAAGACGUCCCUGUAUGUGUUUGAGCCGUGUUUAAAUGUACAUUUUUAUAGACAACACCUGCUACUUCCUGUUGAGUGGAUUUGAUCCGCAGAAGCAGGUGUUUGAAUGCCCCAAGUCAUGUGACCAGGAUGUUCCUCCAAACUAAAUGCGUCAUCUGGGUCAGACCAAAAAGGUCAUUCAGUAGGGGGAAGAGGGAAGCGUCUCAGUGAAAAUGGUCACUUAAACCACAGCAGCUUUACUGAAGGACUGCACACACAUACGGAAAGUAGGCCUCUCAUUAUGCAUUAUGCAAGUUCGCUGAUUUAGUCAAAUUUGUCCUUCAGUAUGCACCAGAAAUUUCCUGAAUGCUUCUCAAAUCACUGCUAAUCCCUGCAUUCACCCUUUCUGUCAUACCGAACGAGCGAGGAGCAAUUCAGCAUGGUGGCUGUUGUGAAUGGGACUUGAGUUGAAGUGAAUGUGCCUUUUCUGCUACCUAAAAUAUCAGAUUGCAUCGGUCUGUUUUGGUAUUUGCACUACCAUGAUGACAUUACAACAGAGGAUUGUACGUUCUUCAAACAGCCUUCAUUUUGGAGGGUUUCUCAGGACGACACUCCUCAAAAAAAAAUGUACGCUGUUUCACAAUUAAAUCCCAUUUCAAGCCUCAUCGACAAGAAAUUUUUAAGACCAAGAUAUGGGACAUGAUCAAAAGGUCACAUAUGUUCAUCAUACAGUAUAUUGUUUAUCAUGCUGCGACUCAUAGUAUGUUAACUAGACAUGACGAUGCUAUACUUUAUUGUGUUUCAUUUUGACGUGUCUCUCAAAAUGUCAGUAAUCACAAAGGAUAUUUUUCUAUUAAGUCAGAUGCAAAAAAAUGUGUACAGUGUGUAUGCUUUUGAAAUGUAUAAGGGACAGAAGUAAGCAUUGACUGCGAAGACAGACCCACAUGCAGCGUGUAUUUUUAUGGUUCUACUUUUUAAAUGGAGAGUAUUCUAAAUAAUUUCCCUUUGCAUGGCAUCACAGUGUAGUGCCUUUUUACUUUUGUUGUUUUCCGAAUAACAGUGAAUGUAAGUUCCGUCGUCGCUCUUGGACCGGUGUGCAUUGUGCAGGCAGUGACAUCUCAGGUUCAGAAACACGAGAUAUUUCACCACCGGCACAUUUCCUGGCUGUCAGGCGAGGGAACAGACGAGAACGUGGAGCUUGUUUGUCUGGUGCUCUGCAUAUCUGAAGUCUAAUUCCACACUGACAUACAUGACUGUAAUAGUGCAUUUCAACCUCAUGGCCAACAUACACCACAUAUCAGUGCAUCAGGUCUUCACACAUACAAUAACUAGCACCAUUUUCCAUGGUCAGGCUUCAUAACAUAACCCCACCAAUUUGAAUGGACAUUACAGAGAAAGCAUCCUCCACUCUGACUUCAUAUACCAAAAAGGAGCCACGGGCAAAUAGUAAAAUUGAUGGUUGUUUUGUUUUUGUUUUUUUGUUUUUUAUCCUAGUUUGA